AAUGUGUAGCCCAGUACUUAACUUGCCCAGUAUUAAGGAAUCUCCACAUUACAUACCCUGUUAUCCAAUCCAGGCUCCCAAAUGCUUGCCAUGCGGAAUGGAUCCCGUGACUGUACGCAGACCACUAAUUGUCCAUGACAGCACUUUUGACUAUCGACCCACAAGCUGGCCGGGUAUGCUUCUCAACAGUCAGGACAAGAAAGUCAGAUACCAGCUAAUAAACUACGAACGGCCGGUCAGGCUGUAGUAGUUGUCCAAGCUCUUGCUGUUCACCCUGCAGUCGACCAUCGUGUUGCAGCGGUGGCGGGUCACUCGUCACAGUUUACAGUCAAGUAGCUCAUAUCCAGUGAUGCACACAUCCAGACGUCUUGCGGCCUUCUUAUUUCAAAAUGCCGUACUAGCCGUGGGCCAGCCGCCAAAACCAAUUGCGGCGUUCGACAAGGCAACUAUAGCAGUCGGUCAUCAUGGUCCUAAUUGUGUCAAAACUUACUGAUGUUAAAUUUUGUAUCGGUACUGUUAAUUCCGCAAUGUUAUUUGGAUGUACUAUUUGUUACUUGAAAUUGUCGUACCUCAUUAAAAUUAUCUGUUAAUUUU